CCCCCUCGCAGUCUCAUUCCGUCCCGGAUAAAUCGAAAAGGAAAGAAAAGAAACGAAAAGAAAAGGAAAAUAAAAAACCCUUUACUUCCCCUCCCCAUUGUUUUUAGUUUUCUUUUGGCUAAAGAAAAUUAUGGAACCGAGUCAGAAGGUCGAGGAUAAAUCACAACCAUCCAUCGCCACCGUGACCCGUCGUAUCCAACGCUUGUCCCUUCACCUGAUCCCACUUCCGCCCCUCCAAUGUUCACCUCAGCUCGACAUGCUGACCUGCGCCAAGGCCAAUAAGCAGGAGGUCGACGUAGCCUCCCUUUCAAGCUACAUGAGAGGGAAGCAUAGGGAAAUUCAAGAGAAGAUUUUUGAUUUUUUUAACUCAAGGCCUGAUUUGCAAACCCCGACUGAGAUUUCAAUGAAAGAACACAGGGAGCUUUGUUUGAGACAGCUUUUGGGGUUAGUUAGAGAAGGAAAGAUCAAGCCUUUUAGAUAUGUUGUUGAAGAUCCUGCUAAGUACUUUGCUAUUUCUGAGGCGGUUGGGAGUAUUGAUAUAUCACUUGGUAUCAAAUUUGGUGUCCAGUAUAGUCUUUGGGGAGGUUCUGUGUUGAACUUAGGCACUAAAAAGCACCGAGAUAAGUAUUUUGAUGGUAUUGACAAUUUGGAUUAUCUUGGUUGCUUCGCUAUGACAGAACUACAUCAUGGCUCAAAUGUUCAAGGUCUUCAAACCGUUGCAACAUUUGAUCCAAUUACAGAUGAAUUUAUAAUUGACACACCAAAUGAUGGGGCUAUUAAAUGGUGGAUUGGCAAUGCUGCGGUUCAUGGCAAGUUUGCAACAGUUUUUGCUAGGUUGGUUUUACCAACUCAUGACUCUAAAGGAGUUUCUGAUAUGGGAGUCCAUGCCUUCAUUGUGCCAAUAAGGGAUCUUAAAACUCACCAGCCACUUCCCGGAAUUGAAAUAAAUGAUUGUGGCCACAAAAUUGGCCUGAAUGGGGUGGAUAAUGGAGCACUGAGAUUCCGUUCAGUUAGAAUUCCCCGAGAUAAUCUUCUUAAUCGAUUUGGGGAUGUCACCCGAGAUGGAAAAUACACAAGUAGUCUCCCUACAAUAAACAAACGUUUUGCUGCUACUCUUGGUGAACUUGUAGGUGGGAGGGUUGGCCUUGCACAUUCUUCAGUUGGUAUCCUCAAGAUUGCUGUCACUAUUGCAGUACGAUACUCCUUACUACGUCAGCAGUUUGGUCCUCCAAAACAGCCUGAAGUCAGCAUUCUUGAUUAUCAAUCUCAGCAGCACAAGCUCAUGCCAAUGUUGGCUUCAACUUAUGCAUUUCAUUUUGCCACUCAGUAUUUGGUAGAGAAAUAUUCAGAGAUGAAGAAGACACAUGAUGAACAACUGGUUGGAGAUGUGCAUGCUCUUUCUGCAGGCCUGAAGUCCUAUGUGACAUCAUUUACAGCAAAGUCAUUGAGUACCUGCAGGGAAGCCUGUGGAGGUCAUGGGUAUGCUGCUGUCAACCGGUUUGGUACCUUGAGGAAUGAUCAUGACAUUUUCCAGACAUUUGAAGGAGACAAUACAGUACUUCUGCAACAGGUAGCUGCAGAUUUAUUGAAGCAAUACAAGGACAAGUUCCAAGGUGGUGCUCUUUCUGUCACAUGGAGCUACUUGAGAGAAUCUAUGAACACAUACUUGUCUCAGCCAAAUCCUGUAACUGCCCGUUGGGAAAGUGAAGAUCACUUGCGAGACCCUAAAUUUCAGUUGGAUGCUUUCCGGUACCGAACGUCAAGACUUCUUCAAAGUGUAGCAGCACGACUACAAAAGCACACCAAAACUCUUGGCAGCUUUGGUGCUUGGAAUAGGUGUCUGAAUCACCUUCUCACACUUGCAGAGUCUCAUAUUGAAUCUGUCAUCCUCGCAAAGUUUAUUGAAGCUGUUCAGAACUGUCCUGAUGCAAGCAGUCAAGCUGCUCUAAAACUUUUAUGCGAUCUGUAUGCCCUGGAUCGGAUCUGGAAAGACAUAGGAACAUACCGUAAUGUUGAUUAUGUUGCACCAAACAAAGCUAAGGCAAUCAACAAGCUCACACAGUACUUGAGUUUCCAAGUUCGAAAUAUUGCCGGGGAAUUUAUUGAUGCAUUUGAUCUUCCGCCUUAUAUUUUAAGGGCCCCGAUCGCAAUGCAGUCAGAAGCAUAUUCUCAGUACACACAGCUUGUGGGGUUCUAAUUGAGACCCAAAAAUAGGAGGAACAAACAAGUGGUUCCCACAAUUAGAUAGAAUUUUUUAAUAUAUUUGAUUCUUUUGCCAGAUUAAAUUAAGGGUUAAGGUUAAUGCAGUUGUUGAAACCCAGGUUGAUAGCCUAGGUUUGGAAAGAACAAUACGUGAAACUUGAAAGAACAAUAUGCUGAAGCUUGAACUCUGAUUUGUUUGUAACUGUAUUAUGAACCAUACAUAUUUUUCUUUUCUUGAAUAAAAGAAUAGCAACCUAUGUUAGAUUUA